UAUUAGAUACUCAUCGAGUAUCAAUUCAUCUUCAUCACCUGAACACCGGAUCCCUCCAAAUCAUGAAGCUGCUAAAGUCCUUUCUGCUCGUGUCCUAUGGCGGGUAUACUGCGUGCAGUUCACCCGGCGGCGGAUCUCCAACACGUAGACAAUAUGAACCUGAGCUGGCAACCUACGACGAUGCUUGUAACGUAGGAUACUGCUCAGUGAUGGGGGCGACCAUUGGCGGCUGGGGUACCAACGAGUACACCACUGUCUCUACCUUGGAACAAUUUGCAAAUGCAGUAUCAUCUACGGGACCGGCUGUCGUGAUCGUUGAAGGAGCAAUAUCUGGGGAGGGAAAGGUCACCGUUGGCUCAUACAAGAGUAUUCUUGGUGCCCCUGGCAGUUCCCUGGCAGGAAUCGGGCUAUCCCUUAAUCAGAGCCGAAAUGUGAUCCUGCGAAAUUUCAAGAUCUCCAAGGUUCCUGCUAGUCAGGGGCCUGCCAUCUCCGUGGAAAACUCACGCAGCAUUUGGAUCGACCACUGCGACUUGUCCUCCGGCUCAGAUAGAGCCCAGACAGCGGGACCAUACGCUCCUAGUCUUCUGAGCAUAUCCCAGAACAGUGACCUCGUGACUGUUACAGCCACUCUUUUCCACGAUCAUCCCCAAGCGGUCGUGGUUGGACAAACAGACAAAUAUACCAAGGUGGACAACCCGGACGGCAAGCCGCGCGUGACCUUUGCCAGAAACUAUUUCCGAAGCCUCGGCAACGCUGUUUCGUACAGCUUUGGAACAGGGCACCUGUUCAACUCGUUAUACGAAAACGUUACAGAUGGUAUCAACACUGGGAUGGGUGCCAACCUCCUGAUUGAGUCGAGUAUAUUCGAGAAAUCAGGAAGGGCGAUCUACAGCAAUAACAGCACCGAGGCUGGGUAUGCGACCGUUCGUGAUGUGCUGUUAGGGGGCGCCUCAAACAGCGCCCUUGCGGGAGAAAUGACCGCCGACAGCUUGCCAUAUCCAUAUGACUGGUACAUUUGGGAGACGAGCAGAGUACAAGAGCUGGUUGUCGAUCGAGCAGGUCAGACGUUGGAUUUUUUGAAGUAGCUGAAUACCGGGUCAGUACUACUGUAUAAGGUACUUAGCCCUAGCCGGUCUCUAUCAAGCUCAGGUUGUGCAUGUGGCCAAGAAGUGCCAUGAAUAUCAUGACAUUCUUGGUGCCAGGUACUUCAUUAGAUAAGGUAGGUAUGUAGGCGAUUCAUUGUGCCAUCAACCUACAUGUAAGAUCGGCGUUCAUCAAAGAAUCCAUAUGCCCAUCAUAUGCAUAUCACCUUUUACACAAACAAG